ACGUCAUAAGGUGUAAUUUAACCUGUCUUCCGCCAUUCUGGUGUCUGUAGUAAACCUACAUUGCAAACAACUUUCGAAUUUACAUCUACCAUUAAAGCAAACAUGAGCCUCUCAAGAGAGGAGCUUGCUAACAAGGCAAAGUUGGCCGAACAAGCUGAAAGGUAUGAUGAUAUGGCAGACGCUAUGAAAAAAUUGGUGGAAAACUACAAACCGCUCACCAAUGAGGAACGAAACCUGCUGUCGGUUGCGUACAAGAAUGUUGUAGGUGCUCGUCGAUCAUCUUGGAGAGUUAUAUCCAGUAUAGAAUCGAAAACAGACUCAAGCGAAAAGAAGCAAGUUAUAGCCUCAGCUUACAGAACUAAAAUUACAGAAGAACUUAAAAACAUUUGCAAUGAUGUUCUGGAUUUACUUGAGAAAUAUUUAAUAGAUGAGGAAACGAUGAAGAAAUAUAAAGAUGCUGCUGCCAGCAAUGAGAAUACUGACAUGAAAGAUAGUUUAGUUUUCUAUUUAAAAAUGAAGGGAGACUACUAUCGUUAUUUGGCAGAGGUUUCCACCGAAGAUGAAAAGAAUGAUACUAUAAUAAAAAAUGAUGAUAGCGAGAAGAACAAUGACAUUGAGAGUAGGGUGUUUUACCUGAAAAUGAAGGGCGACUAUUACCGGUAUCUGGGGGAGGUGUCUGAUGGGGAGCAGUACCAGGCUGUGGUUAAAAAGUCGGAGGAUGCCUACAAAGAAGCCUACAAGAAUGCCAAUGAGUCCAUGGCCCCCACCCACCCAAUUCGACUAGGAUUAGCAUUGAAUUAUUCUGUUUUCCAUUAUGAAAUUAUGAAUAAGCCAGAUGAGGCCUGUAAACUAGCCAAAAAGGCGUUUGAUGAUGCAAUCGCAGAGUUGGACACACUCAAUGAAGAAUCUUACAAAGACAGUACACUGAUAAUGCAGUUAUUACGAGAUAACUUGACGUUGUGGACAUCAGACGCCAAUCAAGACGGUGACAAUGAUGGAGAAGGAGAGAAUAAUUGAUCAUUUUGAAAUCAUCACUCAUAGCCUAAACUAUUGUUUGACAGUUGUCAUCACCGGAGACAGACUUGGUGUUUGGACUUCUUCAAGUGUGUGAACGUGAUAGUAUAAUUAUGUUGAUCUGGCAAAUGAAUUUGUCUAAAUCUCUGGGUCAGGUUGUACUCUGUAUUCAUGUACACCUUGCUAUUUUUCUUCAGUCAUUGUAUUUGGACAAAUUUCUUUGCAUAAUCAAGUGAAAGAUUGAAUUAGACUGCAUGUCAAAAUAUUGGACAGUAAUAUUAACAUUACACUGCUAUAUAUUGACAUUUAUUGUAUAACUCUGUUGUACCCUAUAUUUCCCCUACCUGUCUGUGUUUAGUCAAGUAAUUGCUCUUUGGUUUUUCUCACUGUUUUAAGUUGUAAAGCUUUUCUAUUGGGUUCUGUAUGGUUCAGCUUUUGUUUUCUAGCAUAAUAGUGAGUUUUUAUCUGAAUGGACAUUGCAUAAUGUCUCAAGACACCAGGGAAAUUGUUCUCAAAUAUCUCAACAGACCAAAACAAACAAUAAAAACAGAAAAAUUAUAAAUGGAAUAGGAAUUGUAAAAGAAUUACUCUCAGAUAACAUACUCUAACUCUGUGUAGGGAAAAACUGUCAAUAAAAAUGGUUUCCAGGAUUUGAAAUAAUUAAGAGUAUAAAUGAAAUGUACUUGCCAACUGUAGACCAUUUUUGUUGCGGUUUGUGAUUACCAAAGGAAGACGUGGAUGUAGUGUUAGUCUAGUGUUAUAUUAUCUUAGUGCAGAGUGUAGUCCAUAUGUUGGCAUCAUUUUAUAUGUGCUAAUUUUAAUGCAAUAUUUUAUAUUCUACAUUUUUUUUCUCAAAAUUUUUUUUUGUUAUACAAGAAGUGCUGAGAUCAAUAUGUAUGUUUUCAUGAAAGAGUUGGUUAUUCAUUAAUGAAUCACUGUUUCAGUAUUGGAUACCAUAAUGAAGUGAAUGACUUUUUCAUCAUUUCUGCUUUUUUUUUUCAACAAAAUUUUCUUUCAGCCUAACUGUAUUCUGAUAAAUGAAUAAGACUUGAUAUAUGAAACAAUAAAUGUUUUGUCUACAAUC